UCCGAAUCUAUAGUAUAUAUUACAAUUUUAAGAAAGCAGACUAGUUUUUGACAAUAGUCGAAGAAAUAUAAUUUUCACAAAAAGAUAUAUUGAAAGAAAUGGCUUACGUAGUGGAUAAUCUCGUUCAACCAAAUAUGAAUGCGACAUCCGAUAAUCUGGUUCCAGAUUGGCUUCGUUCUGAACAAAGUACUGGUACUUCUAUUAUGGCUGUAGAAUUCGAUGGAGGUGUUGUGAUAGGUGCAGAUUCACGAGCUACCACAGGAGCAUAUAUAAGCAAUCGUUUUGCCGAUAAAUUGACAAGAGUCACAGAUUAUAUUUAUUGUUGUCGUUCUGGUUCUGCUGCAGAUACUCAAGCUAUUGCAGAUAUCGUUGAGUAUCAUUUAGGUUUGCAUAGGAUGGAACUUGGAACACAACCAUUGGUAGAAACAGCUGCCAAUGUAUUUCGUGAAAUGUGCUAUAAUUAUAGAGAUUCCUUGAUGGCAGGAAUUUUAGUAGCUGGAUGGGAUAAUCAAAAAGGAGGUCAAGUUUAUAGCAUUCCUUUAGGAGGCAUGUGCAUUCGACAGCCCAUUGCUAUCGGUGGUUCAGGUUCUUCAUACGUUUAUGGCUACGUAGAUGCACAUUAUAAACCCAAUAUGACAAAGGACGAAUGUGUUACCUUGGUACAAAAUACAUUGGCACUGGCUAUGUCUCGUGAUGGUAGCAGUGGUGGUGUUAUACGUCUUGGUGUAAUCACGGAUAAAGGAAUCGAAAGAAAAGUGAUUAUGGGUGAUAAACUACCUCGCUUCUAUGAAGGCUAAACAUAUUUCCAUAAUAACGAAAUUUAAGAUAUACAUAUUUAUCUGAAAUAAUACAUUAUUCAAAGAUAUUGAAUUUUUGGUAAAUAAAUAUGAAUUUAAGAAUA